AUGUCGACUUCACUGUGCCUUGACGUCCAUUUCACUACCCGUGCUGUGAUCGAGUGGCAGUCGGAUAACGAGUCCGAUCACACGACACAUAUUCUGGCCAAGCCCGACCCAAAAGUCAGCUCUCUUUCGUUGACGACCCGAUUCGAUUCCAAAGGUUCUCUCUUCGACAUACACGUUCCCCUCAAGCUCAAAGGCCUUGACAGCACAUCCGAUAUUACACUUCGAGCUUGCGCUUCCUCUAUCAUCUCUCUUGACCUCGUUAAAAACUCACCUGUCUCUAGCGAGGUUGAGCAAGAGUUCAAGUCUCCAACUCUUGGCCUUCGUUUCCAGCUGCUCCGCUGUCUUGGCAUCCUUGCCCCGACUCCUGCUCUCGAGCCAAUACGUCCAGGAGGUCGAGCACGGUCAGGUGUUGUGCUAGAUGCCAUUCGCGAGUUCUCUCGGGCAACUGCUUUCACCGUCUACAUUGAGGCGCGCAAUGCUUCUCCGAAGCUCCAGUCCGUCAGCGAUGCAGUCAGCCAAGGUCUCUUCAAGACAUCUUGCAGUAGCCGCUUCCAACUGGCUAGCAUGUAUGCCGGUCUUGGAGCAAAGAUUGUCCAGCUUGGUGCAGAUGACGCGCUUGCGCCGCCGUCUUAUGAAGAAACCGAACCCCCACCGCCGCCGCCUCCAAUCGACCCGAAGCCUGACAGAAAGCGUCCACGGCAAGAUACUGCGACCGAACGUGCUGAAGAAAUCGCCCUGAUCUGGGCAGAGCUGCAAAUGCUCAAGCAAGCGAAAGACUCAGACGCAAAGCGCAUAGCAUUUUUGGAGAAGGAGAACCAGGAACUGCGGGAAACCGUAGCGAAACUCCAAGAACGAUUCGAGAAGUCACAUCAAGAUAUACACCAUAGCUUCGGAGCCCUCGAGACAACGGUCGAGAAGAAUACACAAGAAUUUGAGGAGAGCGUUGGCAACGAACUUGCAGAGCUGCGUGAGGAUAUCAGCCAACUAGAUCAUCAACUUUCUUUCAUUCAAGAGGGACAAGUUAGCGAUGAGUCUGUUGCCAAGAUCAAAGACGCCGUGCUACUCGAUAUCACCUCGCGAUUGACAGGGGAUUGA